CCGACUCCGGUUCUCCCGACAACUACACACAGAUGAUUACUUUGUAAUCGCUGCGCUGGUGGUUUUGCUGGGCAACGCCAUCGUCCAGUCAAUCAUGGUCCGGCCCAUGUACGACAUGCUCCUGGUGGGCGCUGGGCUGGCGGCGCCCACUGCCGACUUCAUGGCCAACUCAUCCGUCUACCUCAAAUGUCAAUUUGCUUCGACCCUGCUAUUCUGGACCUGUCUUUGGACGGUCAAGGCCUGCUUUUUGGCCUUCUUCUACCGCUUGGUGAACAACCUAGCCUGGCCAAGGCGGGUAUGGAUUGGAAUUUGCGUAUUUACGGGCCUCACCUACGUCGCCUCAGUAAUCACUUAUCCCCUAUCUUGUACAUCAUUCGAGUUGGGACAAUGCGACGAGCCGAAGAAUAUCCAGGGUUCUUUGAUCAGUUUGCGCUUCAGCACCUGCGUCGAUAUCGCAACUGAUGUCAUGAUCAUGAUACUUCCGAUCUAUCUCGCUAUCGGCCUCAAGAUGUCCCUCAAACAGAAGAUCAGCCUCAUCGCCGUGCUUGGCCUCGGCUGCAUCGUCACCGUCUUCUCCGUUAUCCGAAUCAUCGUCACCUACACGGUGACCACACAGCCCGAAGUCUCCUGGCUCGCGCUGUGGUCGACCAUCGAGUCCAGCAUCGCCGUCAUGGUAGCAUGCCUGCCGAGCUUCAAGGUUCUCAUCUCCCAGGGCGUCGGCAGCAGCAACAAGUCUCGGUCCAAGUAUGCCGAUAUGGGCGGCAGUGCCCACCAGAGCGGGACGGGGCGGAGCCGGUUCGGCGGCCAUGCAAGCAAGAAUGGCACGGUCACCUCGAAGGUGCUCGCCUCGCGCGGGUUUGAGGAUUUGGACGACACGGAGCUGCAGAAUAUGCGUCGCGUGGCGGGCAAGCAGAAUAUUACUGUCACCCAGACCUUUGCGGUGUCGAAUGACCGACAAGGAGCGCGGGGGGAUAUUGACUGGGAUGACGACGACCGGGAAAGUCAGGACAGGAUUUUGAAGUGAGGAAGACUUGGAUUGCUUGGAAAAAAAGGAGGAGCGCUUUUGGCGUGGUUGUUGUUUGGAAUCCUGCAAAAACCUUAGAAGCUCGGAAGGGUAAAUGAUUAGAUAUUUGGCUGGUAGUUGUUGUUUGCUUUGG